AAUAGUUAUUUGUUUAGUAUCCGAGCGCUGUGGUUACUCUACCAACAGCGCUAUAACCCUAGAAGAUCUACUUACCCUAUGCGAAUGUCUUAUAGCGCCUCUUUAUAUAGAUUUAGGGAGUACUAUCUAGAGUUAUAGGGGCUUAUAGCGAGCUCCUGCCCUAAAUUCACACCCUCUAGAGCGCUGAGGGUCAAAAUGCCCUGUAUUCCCGAUACUUUAUGCCGUUGUCUUCGUACCGAUCCGAGGGAUAAAGUCUUCGCAGUACUGCCCUUGGCUUCAGACUCGGAACUACUACAAAUCGAGGCGGAUUACAGCAUAUCUGUGCAGGGGUUAUACACGAGAGUUGCAGCAAACAUAACACAGCAAGGGCAGUCGCUAGAACUCCUGAAGGCAGCUGGAUGCGAAACGCCAUCCGAUCUACCGUCUUGGGUUCCCGACUGGACAGCAAGAGCCGUGACUGUUCCCUUCGACUGGAACGAAUUUUUCCUGACCGAAAAGAGUGUCUACAUGUAUUCCGCUGGUGGACCAAAUGGAUGGGAUGUCGCGAUCAAUGCUGACGCAGAUUCCGGCGACCUUUCUUUUCAAGGCGCGAUUAUAGACAGAAUACUCUUAUUUACGGAUAUCAUCUGCGUCAAAACCAAGACCAAAGAUCAUAGUUGGAUUGACUGGCUAGAAGAAACCCGCCAAGUCUACGAUACUGGGCCCUAUGUCACAGGAGAAGCUAUGGAAACAGCGAUCUGGCAGACAUUAAUAGGCGGUCGAACCCAUGACAGACGGAAAGCAAAUGACGACUAUCAACCUCAGUAUUCUGCGUGGAUAAAACACAUCUCUAGCGAAAAGGGAGAAAAGACCUCAAAAUUUGCAGAUCAGUUUUUGCGUGCAAUGCGCCGAGGCGUUCACAUGCGUCGCUUGUGUCGGACCAGCGGUGGCUACAUUGGACUAGUUCCUGGCUCUGCUCGAGAAGGGGAUGUGGUUUGUGUCGUGAGGGGAGCACGAGUACCUUUUGUGCUUCGAACAUGUGGAGCCUUUAAUACUUUCAUUGGCGAAUGCUACAUCCACAGCAUUAUGGACGGGGAAGCACUAAAGUCCGAAGGGUUUCAAAUACAAGGAAUCAAAGUAGUUUAAAAUUCUAUGUGAGUAUACGUUUCUCUUUAAUAUUUUUAUAGUCGAGUGAUCGCACGCGCUCUAAGCUACUUAUAAUUAUAUUAUAA